GCAAAGCAAGAGGGGGGGCUGGCUCCGAGUGUGCCGUGUGCAAACCGCGUGUGGCGCAGCGGAGAGAGGAGGAACCGAAAAUAAACAGCAACGAGUCACGUAGCUGAGCUUUAGGUUGCAGCUGAAGGAGAUGAGUAGCAACGAGUGUUUUGGGUGUGGCCGCACAGGCCAUUGGAUCAAGAACUGUCCGAAUGCUGGCCGUGGGCGGGGCAAAGGUCGUGGGAGGGGAAAAGAUCUUUUCUGUUAUCGCUGUGGUGAGCCAGGCCAUGUUGCAAGAGACUGUGAAAGAACAGAAGAUGCCUGCUACAACUGUGGCAGGGGAGGCCAUAUCUCCAGAGACUGCAAGGAGCCCAAGAAGGAGCGGGAGCAGGUCUGCUACAACUGUGGUAAAGCUGGGCACGUGGCACGUGACUGUGACCAUGCCAACGAACAAAAGUGUUACUCCUGUGGAGGCUUUGGGCACAUCCAGAAAGGCUGCGAGAAGGUCAAAUGCUACAGGUGUGGUGAGAUUGGCCAUGUUGCCGUCCAGUGCAGCAAAGCAAGUGAGGUCAACUGCUACAACUGUGGCAAAUCUGGGCACCUGGCGAAAGAGUGCACCAUUGAGGCCACUGCCUAAUUUCGUCUCCCAAGUUGCCCCUCCUUUUUCUGAUUGACGGUUGUGUUCUUUUUCUCUGAAUCCUCUUCACUGGCCAAAGGUUGGCAGACAGAGCCUAGUACCAGGCCGGUGAGCUCUUGACAUGUAAAAGGAGGAAAGGGGUGGAAAAAAAACCCACAAUUUCCACUUUCUGCAUUUAAUACAAAAAAAGUUUAUGUUUAGUUUGGUAGAGGUGUUAUGUAUAAUGCUUUGUUAAAGAAUCCCCUUUCCAUGCCACUGGUAAAAUAGGGAUGAAUGAGUUGAGUGGGAAGAAAUGAUGUUAGGUUGGCCUCUCCGGGCUUGCGGAACAGAGCCCCGGUGAGACAGCGAGGGUGGGGGGAGAAACAAAAUCAAGGAAAUGUGAACUUCCGGGUAUGAUUUGCUUUUCGUUUUAUCAACAGCAAUGAGUUAGGCUAAGCGGGAUCGACCUGGAAAAGCAGCGCAAGACUCAUGCGGUCAGAUCCGUCCGGGCCCAACCAGCAGCACGCAGCUAAGAGGCGAAAACAGUACCGAAAACGUACCAUUAACGAGCAAGUUUACAGAACAUUCUGGCAAAAAAAAUCAGAAAACAACAUUCUUUGUAAGGCCUAAGUUGUUUGAUGUGCAGAGCAGCUAUGAAGUUCAAAAAUCAAGUGAUCCCAUGAUUACAGUACAGUUCACUGUACCCUUUGUGGAAAAAAAAUAAACUUAAAUGGGAUAGAAGUUGGUGAAAAAAUAAGAUUUGGAGUUAGGAGAAAGGAGAAUUGUUUUCUCAGAAAUCAAAAUGUUAUUUUUGUACAAUAUCACUUAGACUACUGUAAAAAAAAAAAAGAAAAAAAAGUAUCAUUUGCUUGUACUCAGUUUUUAAGUCGGAAGGUAAAUGCAACUGAAAUCCUAGAACAUAGAGAUGUAAUUUUAAACUAUCAAUAAAGCUGGAGGAGGAAGGGGAGUGAGAGUGAAGCUUCUUUUCUGAGAUUUUACUUUUGAAUAGUCUCCCACAACAGAAACAUCUAAAGAGAACUUCAAAAGCUGACCUGUUGAUUACUGUUGAUAAAGUUCUUUUGCAUCAAAAUGUGUAUACUGAAAAAAUAUGUAAACGUAGUGACCAUUAUCUGGUUCUAUGAAAAGAACCUUUCAAAUGCUACAUCCCUCACUAUGAUAGGCACUUAUGCAUCAUAACAGACUCAUGUAUGUAAUAGACAAUUUUGUAUAUGCAUGAUAAAUUAUUUGAACUGCU